GCGCGCAGAGAGAGAGAGAGAGAGAGAGAGAGAGAGAGUUGUUUAGUCUCAUCUGAGAAAACAUUUUGAGUUUGGGUUUUGCAGGUAAAGCCAUGGCGGAUAAUAUUGUUUUAAAGACCAUCCUGCAAAGCGAGGCUCUUCAAAAGAGCGGAGCUAAGUGUGCCCCCUGAUGAAGGAUUGUUCUUGUCUAUGCUUUUGAAAUUAAUGAAUGCCAAGAAGACAUUGGAGAUUGGUGUUUUCACUGGCUAUUCUCUUCUUACCACUGCCCUUGCUUUACCUCAUGAUGGCCAGAUAGUAGCAAUGGAUCCAAAUCGAGAAGCAUUUGAAGUUGGACUGCCAUUCAUUCAGAAGGCUGGUGUGGAGCACAAGAUCAAUUUCAUAGAAUCAGAUGCCAUUUCUGUUCUCAAUGAAAUGUUGAGCGAUGAGGGUAAGUUGAAAAUGGAGUUUGAUUUUGUGUUUGUGGAUGCUGAUAAGCCCAACUACAUUAACUAUCACGAGCAAGCGAUAAAACUGGUGAAAGUAGGAGGUGUUAUUGCAUAUGAUAACACUCUGUGGUAUGGUUCAGUUGUAAGCAAUGAAGAAGAAGUCCCCGAGCGUCUCCGUGCCAGCCAAAAGCCCAUAAUUGAACUCAACAAGUACUUAGCCUCUGACCCCCGAAUCGAAAUCGCUCAGAUUUCAAUUGGUGAUGGUGUCACAUUGUGCAGGCGCGUACUCUAGAUUAGAUCGUAUCGUAUCAUAUCAUAUGAGCUUGACUAAAUUUGUAAUAAUAAUCAUGUUACCAUGGAUUUUAAGUCAUUUAUUUUUAAGGAUGAUCCGUUUAUAAUGUUGUUAUCUUA